AGUUUAUGUUCUAAAUGUUAGGUCAUUCACACAGUUACAAAGAGAAAUUAUGGAGGAAGUAAAGAACAUUUCGUUAACUUAUCCAAAAUUUAUUCACAAAGCCUGGGAAUAUCUAUACGACGACUAUUUCCAGGGAGACGAAUAUUCAUUGGCAGUAAACGGAACAUUUAUUUCUAGCAAUACUGUUUUCUUCACUAUAUGUGCAUUAUUCACAUUAGUCGAUUGCACUAAUAAACCACAGUUUAUUAGUAAAUAUGUUAUGCAAUCAAGGGAAAAACCGGUACAGUUACGCUCUGCUUUAAAAGCUUGGCUCUUGGUUCUAUUCAAUCAAAUAAUUGUCGCUUAUACAUUCCUACCACUUAUGUAUUAUUCUUUUAAGUUAAGAGGGAACAGCUUUGCUAAAACCUUACCCAGCAUACCCGAGACAAUUUUACAUGUCAUAGGCUUUAGUGCCGUUGAGGAGAUUUUCUUUUAUUAUACUCACAGAUUACUGCAUCACCCAAAACUUUAUAAACAUAUCCAUAAAAUACACCAUGAAUGGCAAGCACCAAUUGCUAUAGCUUCCCUCUACGCCCACCCAUUAGAGCACUUACUAUCAAAUCUGUUUCCAGCAGUAUUGGGACCGAUAGUUUUCGGCUCUCACGUAUUAUUGGCUAUGGUAUGGUUUACGACUGCUCUAAUUUCAACUAUAAUCUCUCACAUGGGAUAUCACUUACCGUUUCUCCCAUCAACCGAACAUCAUGAUUAUCACCAUUUAAAAUUUACAGACAAUUUUGGAGUUUUUGGCAUAUUAGACAGACUUCAUGGAACUGAUAAGAAAUUUAGAAAAUCGGUACAAUUUAAAAGGCAUAAAAUUUUACUUGGAAUGGAGCCUUUAAUUGAAACUAUACCCAGGUCAUUUUUAAUCGGAAACGGUUUCUUUUUUGGCCUUUCUGCUAUCUUAUCUGUAAUUGAUUACACUGGAAAACCGAAAUUUUUCACUAAAUACAAAAUUCAACCAAAUCGAAAUGCUCCGGUUGAACCAAAGACACUUUUAAAAGCUUGGCUUUUAUCGUUAUUUAACCUUAUGAUUGUUGGUCCUCUUUAUAUGAUUGGGAUGUUUUAUCUUUUUCUCUGGAGAGGCAGCCAAUUUUCUAUCAAAUUACCAGCCUAUUCAACAAUUAUCAAAGAAAUGGUAAUAUUUAUUGCAAUUGAGGAGAUUCUCUUCUAUUAUAGUCAUAGAUUAUUACAUCAUCGUCUCUUUUAUAAGCGAAUUCAUAAAAUCCAUCACGAUUUUCAAGCUCCGAUGGCAGUGACUGCUGUCUACGCCCACCCAGUUGAGCACAUAGUUUCAAAUUUAACACCUAUUAUUGCUGGUCCAUUAAUCUUGGGUUCUCAUAUUGGAGUCGUCCUUCUGUGGUUUAUAAUAGCUUUGCAAGCAACAGUAAUCGAUCACAUGGGAUAUCAUUUACCAUUUGUUAAAUCGCCAGAAUUCCAUGACUAUCAUCACUUAAAAUUCACCUGCAAUUUUGGAGUGUUAGGAUUCCUUGAUUGGUUACACAAAACUGAUUUAGCUUUCAGGCGUUCUAAGGCUCAUCAGAGGCAUAAAAUCUUGCUUGGUUUUACACCUCUGAGCCAAUCGAUUCAAUAA